GCAUGCGCGGAGACGUAGCCGCUGACGGAAUAGGGCCUCCGCGGCCGAGUCUGGCGCGUGGAGGGUAGCGGGAGCUUCUUGGGUGGCGGAGCCGCGAGAGAGGCGGGAUGGCGGCGCCGUUCUCCCCGCGCCGGGAAGUCGGGGCUACCGACCGGCGCUGGCUGGCGCUGCUGUCGCCCCUGCUGUUGGUGCCAUUGCUGGCGCGGCCCACGGGGGCGCUGGUCGAGGGGCUGUACUGCGGCACGCGGGACUGCUAUGAGGUGCUGGGCGUGAGCCGCUCGGCCGGCAAGGCGGAGAUCGCGCGGGCCUACCGCCAGCUGGCCCGGCGCUACCACCCCGACCGCUACAGGCCCGAGCCCGGCGACCAGGGCCCCGGGCGCACGCCGCAGAGCGCCGAGGAGGCUUUCCUGCUGGUGGCGACGGCCUAUGAGACACUCAAGGAUGAAGAAACUCGGAAAGAUUAUGACUAUAUGCUGGAUCAUCCAGAAGAGUACUACAGCCAUUACUACCACUACUACAGCAGGCGUCUAGCUCCUAAAGUGGAUGUUAAGGUAGUGAUCUUGGUCAGCGUGUGUGCCAUUUCAGUGUUUCAGUUUUUCAGCUGGUGGAAUAGCUACAAUAAGGCAAUUAGCUACCUAGCCACAGUGCCCAAGUACCGUAUCCAAGCAACAGAGAUUGCCAUACAGCAGGGACUGCUCAAGAAAGCCAAAGAAAAAGGCAGAAACAAAAAGUUCAAAGAAGAAAUUCGUGACAAGGAAGAGAACAUCAUAAAGAACAUUAUAAAAAGUAAAAUAGACAUAAAGGGAGGCUACCAGAAACCUCAAAUCCGUGAUCUUCUCCUGUUCCAAAUUCUCUUGGCUCCUUUUCACCUGUGCUCAUAUAUACUGUGGUAUUGCCGCUGGAUUUACAAUUUUAACAUCAAAGGCAAAGAAUAUGGGGAAGAAGAGAGACUCUAUCUCAUACGUAAAUCUAUGAAGAUGUCAAAGUCUCAGUUUGAUAGUCUAGAAGAUCAUCAGAAAGAAACUUUCCUUAAACGUGAGCUCUGGAUAAAGGAGAAUUAUGAGGUUUACAAACAAGAACAAGAGGAAGAAUUAAAGAAAAAAUUGGCAAAUGACCCUAGAUGGAAGAGAUACAGGAGAUGGAUGAAGAAUGAGGGGCCUGGACGGUUAACAUUUGUGGAUGAUUGAAGAUUGAUGGAAUGCUACUGUGCCAAACCUUGAUUUGAUACUGUUUUUCAUAACUGAAUUGUUUUAGAAAUGUAUGAACUACUUCUCUGCAGUAACUUAAAAUUCCAGAAGUAUUCGAUUAAAGAGAAUAAUGUAGAAAUUUCAACUUUCCCUUAAAACUUUAUACACAAAACAUUUAUGAUUUUUCAAUUUUUAUAAUCUAUUUGUGGGUUUUGUUAAAAGAUUUAACAUGAAAAUUUAGUUGUCAUUUAAAAAUUUUAUAGUUCGCUUACAAAAUUUGACAUGAAAAUUUAUACCACUUGAAAUUUUGGUGUGUUAAGUUUUGUUCUUCAAGAGUGUUUCCUUGUUCUUUAUCAUAGUGCUACAUUUUUCUGCUUUCAUGGCCUAUAUAUUUUCACAUACUGUAAGAAAAUGUUAACAUUUGAUUAUAUUAUUGUGUCUUUCUGGACACAAAUUUCUUCAGCAAAAUGAUUCAAUUAUCAGGUUGUCUUCAUUGUAGCCAUAAGAUUGAAAUAUGUUCAAAAUAAUCUCUCUAGGAGAGUCUUCUAGAAUGUCUUUAAUCCUCACUCUUCUUCAUUAUAAUACUCUUAAUAAGAUCAGAAACUCUCCAAGAGAGUGUGGGUCUAUCCUCAUGUCCUUGUAGGAUGGUCUUGAUUACAGUCUCAUUAUAGGACUAUAACUGUGUUCUCAAACAGUUCUGCAGAAGAGGACUUCGUAAAAGGAUCUUUUUUACAUUAGUACUUUUUCAGUGGGGGAGGGGUCCUCUCCAAUUAAAGAAAAUGGCAAGAAAGAGUGCUGAAAAAUUGUUUCUAUAUAUAAAGUCCUUGAGUGGUGAAAAAUCCAUUGUACAUGAGAGUACUUACAUGCAUUUAAACAAGAAAGAAAAUAUGCAUGGUUGUGUACUGUUCUUUCAGCUACUGAAACAUAAGUGUUUUUAUAUAUGUGGAAAUGAAAGUAAGUGACACAUAAUUUGAGUAAAUUAAAAGCAUGACACUACACCAAAGUACCAGUACACAUUCAUGGCAGUGAAUCAGUACCCUGUAAAGGAUUUAUCGUAUUGCUUCCUAUUAAUAAAAUAAUUACAACAUA